CUACGUCACAGGAGCGCGCCGGAAGCGCCUCCCUGCGGAUCCCCGGGCGCGGGGGAGAUCCUGCGGCGGGGAUGCUGUUCUCGCUGCGGGAGCUGGUGCAGUGGCUGGGCUUCGCGCCGUUCGAGCUGCUGCUGCAGGCGGCGGCGCUGCUGGCGACGUCGGGUCUGCUGGCGCUGAAGGCGGACGGCGCGGCGGCCGGGCUGAGCUGGUGGAGCGUCUUCGCGCCGCUCUUCGCCGCCGACGGGCUGAGCACCUACUUCACGGCCAUCGUGUCGGUGCGCCUCUUCCAGGACGGCGAGAAGCGGCUGGCGGUGCUGCGCCUCUUCUGGAUCCUGACGCUGCUCAGCCUCAAGUUCGUCUUCGAGAUGCUGCUGUGCCAGAAGCUGGGCGAGCAGAGUCACGAGCCGCUCUGGUACGGGCUCAUCAUGUCGCCCGUCUUCAUCCUGCUUCAGCUCCUCAUGAUCCGCGCCUGCCGAGUCAAUUAGCAGGAGGAGGAGGAGGAGGAGGAGGAGGCGCCUUGGCAGGAACGACCAGGCCGCUCUCGACCGGGACUCCACUGGGAGAUUCUCUGACCGGCUGCGCCUGCUUCCUGACAGCCAAGACUGAAAGCUUCCGCCUAGACCGCAAUGAAGGCCUCUUCCUGCCCUCCCAGGCAAUACUUCUUGUGCUCUGGGAGGUGUGGCAGCCUUUCUGUUCUGCCUUUGAACUCUGAUUUCUGAAGGAUGAAACAUCUGGGAGAGCUCUGAUUAAAAUCAAGAAUAAAAAAAUGUAAAGCCAGUA